UGACGCGCGCCCGGCGCCCUCGCUUCCCUCUCCGCCCCCCCCCAUUUGAAAAGCCGAAGUGGCUGCGGGCGGCAGGAAUUCAAAUAUUGUGCAUGUUCUCGCGCUCCAGCUCGUAGCCCAUUGGUGCAGCCGUUGCAGUAGCCGCGCGCUCAGCCUUGUCUCGCUCUGCUCUCUGUGUGUGAGAGCUCCCACGCGCUGUCCCCGUGCCGCGCGCUGUCUUAUUGUUUUGAUUUGUUUUUUUUUUUUUUUUGACUGGGGAGUCUCGCGCGCUCCCUGUGUUGGCGGGAAUAUCCUCCUUCCCUCCCUCCUUCACUUCCUCCAGCCGUUCCCGCGCUCCCCAAUCAAUCCUCACCGCCCGGCCGGGGGUCUGCAUUAAUCUUUACCGUGUAAAGGCUGUCUAGCGUGUGUGUGUGUGUACGCGCUCAUUGACUUCACCGGAGUCAGCAAUGCCUGGCCAGGCCGCCUCACAGUGUCGGCAUGCCGAAAUCAGGAAAUGGUAAGCACCUCAUUCACCUCCCUCUGCCUGGGCCGGUACCCGGGCUGCUUACACUGCUGGAGCCCUCAAGGCUGCAUGUGACGUCAUGCUAGGGGCCAUGACUUCAUGCACCCAUCCAAAUUGGGGGGAGGGGGGUUAUAGAAGGUCACUCACCUUUCUGGCUUUGGGAGAUAGUAUGUAGCAAGUGCUGCUCUGCUGUAUGUAGCUUUCAUAUGCUGCAGGUGGAUACACAUAGUAACCUUUAGCAUUGCCACUAAACUACCUGCCACUAAACUUCUCCUGCAGCUGAUAUGGGGUCUAUUAAAAUCUCUCUAUUUAUUUUUCACAAUUGCUUACAAUCAACUUUCUAUCUCUCACAAUGUUGCAGUUUUGUAUUUACCUAACUUUGUCAUAAGGGGAAAAACAAACAUCCUGAUCUGAAGGCACAGACCCCAGGAACCUGUAUGUAGAAUUAUUGUUUGCAUUUGUAGAGCAACAACUUACGCCGCAACGUUUAGUCUUCUUUAACACUAAACAAUAAAUGCGACAAUUCUAAAAUAUUACAGGAAAUAAAGUUUGAGGACCCCCGCUCAAACUAACUUAGUCUAGGAGAGGUGUUGUGUUUUAGUCACUUUAUUUAUAGAAUUGUAUCUGUCCCAAUGUCAAGAGGAUUGGGGCAAAGUACAACAGAAGCACAUGUUUAUGAAUAUUUGUGCUGGAACGUUUUGCAGGUCAAUUCAGUCUGUAAGGAGUGUAUCCGCUGUGCCCAGUGUAUGGACAUCUCCUCUGAUUACCCUGGCAUGCCACUUUUCUCUGCAUUUAUGCACUUGCUGGUGUCAUGUGAUAGGAUAAAGGGUUACUGUAAACAUAAGAGUGUGUAUUAAGACACUUUUUGGUAAGUUACCGUUCCUGUUAUCGAUUCUUAAUGGGAUACUCCAGGCACCAAAACAACUUAAUCUAACUUCUUGUGGUGCCUGAUGGCCCCGGAGGUACUCUUGCCUCCAGGGGCUAAACUGCCCUCAAACAGUUGCUCUCAGCCAAUCAGCAGUACCCCAUGGCUGGCAGCACUCUCUGCUUCCUGAAAAUUUAACUUGGGUUUUAACCCCUUCAGCCCAGCGAGAGGGGGGCCACUGAGGAUGGUUUGUUUUCCUGGCACUAUAGUGCUUCUUUAAUGUAAACAAACUCUUAAAGCAAAAAAAGUACUUCUUCCUAUGUCAAGACCUGAGAUCCUCCUAUGCUGCCGUCACUGCUAAUACUUGGAGUGCUGUCAGGGAGGACCUGGUCGUCAUGAAAGGUUGUGCUGUGCCACCAUUGGACACCUCUCUGCAGCAUGCUGACAGAUGUCAAAUAUUCACAGAAUUUACAUUAGCUGGUUACACCUUCUGUUGCAAAGGGGUUGAAGGGAAAUUGACAAUUUAGAUGUACCCCUAAAGAAAACAUGUCUAGCCCUUUUUAUUAAGAGGCUAUGAAAAUCUGCUCUCUGCAAAAUCUUACCAUGCCUCAGAUUUUCAGUGUGUUGAAUACACCAGUCAUAAGCUUCUCACUAUGCUAGAGCAGUGAUCACCGGUAGUCGCAGCGUUCCUAUGUUUGUUUGAGGUGUAGUACAGAGCAUUGAGACGGUAGACACACUAAAGCUUAGCAUGCACCUGCUUCCUAACUUGGCUUCUGAGAGCUAAUGAAGCAGAAGACUUCCCUGGCUGUCUUGGUGACAGCUAGGUAGAUGUUUCUGCUCCCACGUGUCUUAAAUAGUUAAAAUCGGUACUCUUAUAAACUGUAUGCUAGGCUUCAGACACACAACACUUAGGCCAGCUGAGUGUUUUGUGUCUGGAGUGUUUUUACUUUGUAUACAUAGUUUCAUAUUCAUACUCUGCCCAUAAGAGUAAAUCUCUCAACAGGUGUAGUAUACCAACAUUGCUACACAGAAGAUAUUGUACAGUGUUUUGUGCUCUUGACACUAGAAGUCCUGGGUCCUGUCCUGCAUUAUAGUGACAGAGCUACUGGCUGUGGCCCACAUGAAGGUGGCUAAAAUGUAUUUUUUUUUUCUUCGCGUCGCUGUAUUUGUCAUUGUGAGUUUAUCAAAGUGCAUACGUGCUGCCAAAGUGCCCCUUGAAAUGUUGGCAAUUUUGAUUCUAGUUUUAGUUUGUAGUUAUAUGAAAAAUGUACUCAAAUAAAUUGCAUGUUCAUAAACUACUGUAGCUUGUGAGGUCUUCUGCGGUGGAGCGUGAGGGGUGUGGUAUCUGUUGCAGUAAGUGUCAGCAAAGGGUAAAUGAACAGCACUAUGGCAGUAGUCUAAUAGAAAAGUUAAAGUUUUUAUAUUUUUGCUUCACGCAAAGCAUUGUAACUGCUUCCCUGAAAGUGAAUUUCUUUUCAGCUCUUAUUUAAUAAACAAUUGAGGCGCUUACGUAGAUGAGUAAAAAGCUAUUUUUAUUUUUAAGCAUCUGUGUGGUGCAUGACAUCACUACAGAUAUGCCUCAAGCAUUUAUUCCAUACUGCAUUAUGCAUGGAUGCAAGUUGAAGUGUAGUCCCAGUUAAGAGUUAAACUGCUUUUUACAAAUAUGGCUUAGCACAAUGGUUCCCAAAUCAGUCCUCGUGCUCAGCCAGCUCAGGAUUUAGGGAUUACUGAGUUUUGAAGAGAAAUUUUUCAAAAGGUGUUUUUUAGGAAAAAUAAAAAGCACAUUGGACAGAGCUGGGUAACUCCUAAAUCUUGGGGUGGGGCAUGAGGAUUGGUUUGGGACCCACUGCUUAACAUUCGAACUCUUGGAUAUAAAGUAGAUCUCCUUCUGUGACAGAUGUAUCCAUUCUAUUUAGAAAAUAAUCCAGGCACUCCAAUAGAUUCCAAAUUUUAAUGCUAUUUAUUUGAACUAAGAACUUCUUGGUUCAAAUAAAUUGCCUUAAAAUUUGGAAUUUAUUGGAGUGCCUGGAUUAUUUUCUAAAUAGUAUCUAUCACUGGUCCUAUCUGGGUACUAGGACUUUCCAAGAAGCACCCUGGAUUCCUUUGUGAGGGGCUGAGUGCACUUCCAACUUUGAUUAUAAGAUGUAUCCAUUCUGUCCAAAAGUGUCACUAAUGUGGACAGUUUAUUUAUUUUUUUGUAAUUGGCAAUAUGAGGAGGCUAGAUCAUGACUCAGGAGACCUUGGUGUCAAAACAAUUUAAAGGAACACUAUAGGGUCAGGAACACAAAUGUGUACUCCAGACCCUACUGUUAAAAUCACUUUCCAGCCCCUCCUUCCAUUAAAUAUAAUAUUUUAACUGACCCUUUAGUGUUCACACCACCUAGUCUACCUGGUGUGACAAACUGCCCUGAACCCCUAUUACUUUUCACGCCCAAGUUAUUUUCCCUUGGAUUUAGUCGUUCCAUCUACCGAAAUCAGACCACCCCCUGCUGUCUCUGGGCGGCCGCUGUUCAUUCAACCGAUGCACGUGCCAUCUUGUCCGCCGAAUGCAUGCAGCGGUACUUGGUUGUCAAGUGUCUUGAACUCUGAGAUGGACACUCUUAACUUGUGAACCUUUUAUAUUUUUUUUUAUUUUUGUUCCCGAGAAGCCAGGAUAGUGCUGUUCGGUGGAAAGGUGCGCACGAACAAGACUAACAAUCGCUACCAGUCAGUGUUUUGGAACUCCCGAAAGUGACUGACCACUACCAUUUUUCUUCUGGAACUAAUUUAGGUAGACUCCACAUGUGCUGUCGGUCAAAACUGUACUCCUGGAGGUCUGGAGUGGUUCCGCUUUCCCUGGGGUCCGAUGGAACUGCGGUUAUCUUCCUGCUUUAAUCACUCAUUAUUUAGUGAUGCUAGGGCCCUAAUGACAUCAUAUUCUUGCACCCGGCAUUAUUAGAAGGCUUCUGAGGAGCAGGAAGAUUGCUGUUCCCUUGCUACCUCCUCUCCUCCAUUCAUAAUGCUUUCCUAUGGACGCUUGCGUCUCACAAACGGCCUCUAGCGGCUGUCAAUGAGACAGCCACUAGAGGCUGGAUUAACCCAUAGGAAAGCAUUGAAGCAAAGCUAUUAUAUUGGGAAGAAUCUGACGCUGGAUGUCCUUGUGGAGAGCGUGAGCACGUCCAGCGUCAGUUAACUGACCAGUGGUCAUUUAGGAUCCAGAAAGCAUCUCCAGUGGCUGUGUGGGAGGCAGUCACUGAAGGCAGAUUCAGUGCUGCAAUGUAAACAUUGCAGUUUCAAUGGAUCUGCAAUUUAAUAUUGCAGCACUAAGUGCAAUAGGGACACUAGCUCAUUGAAGUGGUCUGGGUGCCUAUAGUGUCCCUGCAAACUGAAACUGUUAUGUUUUUUUAUUAUAGGGUUAAGACUGCCUCUAGUGACUUUUCUCAGAUUUAACUCUGUGAAACACUGGUCCUCAUCAUGCUGUGCAAGAGACAAGUGUCUUCAAUCCCCCUUACUAAAACAUUGAUUUCAUGCUUUAAAUGGAAAGCCUAGCUUUGUAUUCCUAACACCAUAGUGUUCCUUUAAGUUGCACUUGUAUAUAAAUGUGCCGAACUGAGAUUUUUUUUUUUCAGUGCUAUGGAACAGAAUGCGUGAUUUGUGGUAUAAUGAACAUAUGGCAAUAAGUCUUUGGUCACAGACGUACCACAUCUGAAGAGCCUUUACCCUUAACAAUUUACUAGUAGCAACCUUUAUCCUUUUAUAGCUAAAUUCAUUAAGGAAUCUUUAGACUGUAUUGUAAGUUUAAUGCUAACUUGACUUUUUUUUUUCCUCCAGUCUGAAGGACUUGGAAGAUGACUUGAUAGCAAAGGUAGGUGUAUAUCAUUCAGCAUCAAAAUGAAAUUGCUAUGCUGCAAUAAGAUUCCUGGCGGUUUCUUACCUUUUUAGAAGUUAUGCUUUUUUUUGUGACAAAGUCCCAUGCCCAACAUCUGCUUUCUGAUCUUCAAAACGAAAGAGUAAUGUUUUAAAAAAAAAAAAACUACCAAUUUUAGGUUAACAAUUUACUUUUGUUUCUGAAUAGGAAUGUAUUAAAAAGAAGCUUGGUUCACUGCAAGAUUUCUUGGAAGGAGGUGUCAAAGACAGAUUGAGUGAUCUGGAGAACAAGCUGAGCAAAAAAGAGCUGUCUGAGGUACAUUGCGCUAUUAAGUGGUUAUACACGAUAUUUGAGGAACAGUAAAACUGUUAAAACAUGAUGACCACUUAGCUUGCUCCCACUGAGCAUUUGUGACGCAUUCAGCCUCCCCAACAGAAGUUGGAUGUUAUUGCUUGGCCGAUGACUGCAGUCCUGCUUUGCUCUGAGAUAGCAGUGUGUGUGCUCAAUUGGCUAACUAGCACAGUGCUGCAACAACUCUUAACUCUGUAGAGCAACCUGGCUUCUCCUGCCACAAGUCUGGAUGCAGUGUAUGCAGCAAGGAUGAUACCCAGUGGAACCCAAGUAAGCUGACUUCUGGUACUAUAAACACUGCAAUGGGUAGUGGUGUUAAUCAAUUGUCCAGAUGACUUUAAAGUGACACUAGUCACCAGAACAGCUUAUUGUAUUUGUUCCCUUCUGGCUUUUUGUAGUAAACACUGUCUUCUAAGAGAAAAUGCAGUGUUUACAAUGCAGCCUAGGGAUACCUCCACUGGCCACUCCUCAGAUGGCUACUAGAGGUACUCCCUGGGGCAGUGCUGCACACUGUUUCUGUUUAUGCUGCUCUAGCCACACCUUUCCUGACUCAAACAGGGCCACAUCUUGGAGCUUAAGGAAGAGGCUUAACUCCCCUGGGGUUACAAUCCCAAGGUAAGACAAAAAAAAUUGUGAAUAUCCAAAUUGGACCGAAAAACGUUAUGUACUAUAGGGAUAAGACAAACAAAGACUGAGGGCUGAUGGGUAGGGAGGGGCUCCUAUAUGUUUAUAUUAAAGGGACAUGAUAGUCACCAAAACAACUUUAGCUUAAUGAAACCGUCUUUGUGUGUAAAUCAUGCUUCUGAAGCUUAAUUUCUCAAUUCUCUGCAAUUUAGGAGCUAAAUCACUUUCUGUAAAUGCAUUCCUAGCCACACCUUUCCUGGCUGUGACUGACACAGCCUACAUGUAAACAAAAUGGUUUAAUUUCAAUUAUAUGUAACUUAGGGCUGCAUAAGAAGUGAUUUCACUCCUAAAUGGCAAGGAAUUGAGCAGUGAGACUGCAGGGGCGUGAUUUAUACACUAAAAACUCCUUCAUUAAAGGGACACUCCAGGCACCCAGACCGCUUCUGCCCAUUGGAGUGGUCUGGGUGCCAACUCCCACUACUCUUAACCCUGCAACUGUAAUUAUUGCAGUUUUUUAAUAAACUGCAAUAAUUACAUUGAAGGGUUAACUCCACCUCUAGUGGCUGUCUACUAGAGGGCACUUCCUGAAUCAUAGCAAAGAUUUUGCUAGAGCGUCGCUGGACAUCGUCACGCUGUGUGAGGACCUCCAGCGUCGCUCAAUUCCCCAUAGGAAAGCUCACUCAGUUUAAACAUAGCAGUUUCUCUGAAACUGUUUACAGCUGCAGGGUUAAAACUAGGGGGACCUGGAACCCAGACCACUUCAUUGAGCUGAAGUGGUCUGGGUGCCUGUAGUAUUCCUUCUAAGCGAAUGUUGUCAUGGUGAUUAGUGUCCCUAUCCAUCUGGGGAAGGAGUCUGCUCAUUACAGCCUAGUGAUAACUCCACUGGCCAUGCCUCAGAUGGCUGAUAGAGGUGCUUCCUGGGGCAGUGUCACUGCCAUUCAGUGUCUCCACCCUCUGCAUGGAAACUUUCCUCAGAUGCAUUGAUUCAAUGUAUCUCUGAGAUGCUGUUUGGCUUGUGCUGGCUCUGUCAAGGAGGCAGAUCAGGAGCAGUCUCCUAUGGGAAAGCAUUGUGAUUGGCUGAGUGACUUCUGAUGUCUGCCAAGCAGGCAGAUCAGAGGCAGCAGACUGGAAUAAAAGUAAGAGUUUACUAUAUUAAGUGGGGGUGGGGGAGGGUGCUUGAUGUUAACACUGUAGGGUCUGCAGUACAUGUUUCCUGAUCCUAUAAAGUUUAGAAUGUGACUUGAAAAAUGUGGACACUUUGUGAUUCGUUUCAAACCUAAGCUUGAUCACAAGUUUUUUUUUGUUUUUUACUUUUUAUAUUUGUGGUUUGUUUUGUUUUUUAAAUCCACUGCAUGUUUGUUUUUAACUUUAAUAAAAUACAAUUUUAAAAGUAAUUUAAUUUAACUUGGACUAUAUUUUUCAAUAGUCUCCACAAAGUCAGCAACUAGAAGUGUGCUUUAAAACAAAUGUUAACUUUGCCUUUUUGGACAAUGCACAAAAAAGGUUCUGUACACAAACGCCCCUUCAAUAUGAUUAGGUGGUUCUGGUGCUUUCUCUCCCUCCAAGAAAAAUUCUAUGGAAGAGGAUGUGUGCAGUGGUAAUAAGUCAUAACUGCUGUAUAGAGUGCAUUUGCAUUUUGCGCAAUAUUUAUUUUCCUCUUCAGGGUGGUUAUCUGAAAAAGGUUAAGGCCCUUCUUCACAAGGAACUUAACAUGGAAAAUGGAGAUGCCCCUGCAAAUGGGGAGACAAAUGGUUGUUCCCCGAAUGGUACAUGUGUUAGUGACGAAGAUGAUGUGGAGAUGGCAGAUUCUACAGCAGCGGACAGCAAAGGGCAAAAAGCUAGGAAAAGCAAAACAAAUGGAGAGUGCAAAAGUAGUAAGUCACCUAUUUCAUGUUUAUUGUCUAGAGGCCCUAAAAUGAAUGUGGUUAUACAAGCUUCAGUUAGAAAGCAAAUGUGACCUACACACAUUAUUUUCUCUAAACAAAUCUGCUUUAAGACACAAUGUCCCUAGCGCACACUGUAGUUUGCCAUGAUAUAGAGAGCCUAUUGGUUCGCUAAUGACAUUUAAAUGCUUUCUACUACACAAGUAGGAAUUAACAGGCAAUAUAACUUUUUUUUAUUUAUUUUAGCACAACCUAGUUAAGUUGGCUCAUUUUCUUUUUUGUGAAGUCUGGUAAUCUUGAUCACGCCCUGUAAAUGCUGAAACUUUUUUUUUUCCCUUCAGCACAGGAAACUCACUUCCCUGGAUGUGUAUUUUCCCCUUAAAUAACUUGACUAUUUUCCUUGUUUUCCAGGUGGCAUCUAAUAAAACUAGCUAGAAAUCAAAACACUUUGCUAUGCAGGGUUUUUAAAUUCAAGACUUGCCCUUUAGUUUGAAUUGUCCCAUCUGUUAUUGGCUUUAGAUUCAAUCUAGGGUGGUAAAGUAGUGCUCCACAAACACCGCAAGUUGCCUGCUGUGGUGGUUAUGGUGACAGAAGUUUCCUGAAUAAAUUACUGAUGAAAUUGCCAAAAUUGGAUGUACUUGAUUAGUUUUGGUUUUUUUAAACAUAUUGUAUCUAAUUUUGUUUUUAGAGUCCUUGGGCCGUUCACGCUCUUCUAGGAGUACUAGCAAACAACCCACCAUUCUUUCAAUGUUUGCUAAAGGGUUAGUAUUUUCUACACUGUGACUGGUAUGCUACAUUAAAAAUCUUUUGGAAUUUUUAUUUUUUGAUAUAGCUUCAGAAGUUUGUAUGCUGGACAUGCCUGCUUUGUAUGCAACUUUAGGUUAAGCUCCUGGUGCUUCAUCUGACAGGCGUCUGUUUCAUGGCUAUAUUCUUGUGCUUGCAUGAAUACAUGAAGUUCUAUGAACAAGGCAAUGGGAACCUUCAUAAAGCAACUUGUAUAAGGUGUAGGUGGCUCUCCCUCUGGGCAAACUCUGUAUUGCCCAUAAGACAAACUAGCCCAUUCUUUGCCUUAUCUUGAAUGAUUUGACAUUGGAAUGUCAUUCCUGUUAAAGGGACACUCCACUACCUAAAUACAAAAUAAAAAUCGACAUUUAGUAGAUAUAACCAGAAUGAAAAAUUGCAUGCAUUGUUUCAUUGAGCGGUAAAGCCUAAAAACGACUAGCAAAAUCUGCUGAUCUCAUCUGCUGCCCUUGCAAUCCCUCCCCUUCUACCUCCUUCCAUACUGUCCAGUCAGACUUACCAAUGCAGCUCAAAUAGAAAUCUUUACAAGGCAGGUUCCCUGAGCAAUUGCCUCUUGCGAUUAACUCCACUGAGCAAACAAAAUCAGGAAGUAACAAGACCGGUUGCUUGAAAGCCAUGGGGUGUAAUCAGAUUAAUUUAUAAAAGUGUGUAAAUAUCGAAAUUUUCACUUUUUGUAAAAUGAGAGGAAUUACAAUUCACACAAAGCUUCUCAGUAAGCUAAAAUUGUUUGUCUGGAGUCUCCUUUAGAGUCAACAUGAUUUCAUAAAAUAUUUACAUUCAUGAUAUAUUUGGUUCUUGAGUAACUGUUGCCUAUAAUUUUUACAGACCAAGCAAGAGGAAAUCAAAUGAUGUUAAUGGUGAAACAGAACCUGAACCUUCAGCUGACGAGGAGCAACCAGAAACUGUAAGAGGGUGUUUUUUUUAAAAAAAAAAAUGGGUGGGGGGUUGUUCAGUAUUGUGUGUUUUUUUUUUUUUUUUUUUUUUGCAAUAGUCUUAAAGGGACACUAGUCACUCAAACUGCUUUAAGUUUUUGAUGUAUAGAUCAUGCCUCUAGAGUCUCACUACUAAAUUAUUUGCCACUUAGGAGUUAAGUUUAUACAGGCCUUGCCUUGUCUCCCUGUGUGUGUGACUUACACUGCCUUCCUAAACACUUCCUGUAAAGUGUCAUCUAAUAUUUACACUUCCUUUGUUACAAAUUCUGUUUAAUUUUAGAAUGCAUUUCCUGCUUUGUUAAUGGCUUGCUAGACCUUGCAGGAGCCUCCUGUAUGUAAUGCAAAGGUAAACUGUAGCAUCUUUGCAAGAAAGAUGCUCUCUGCCGUUGUCUGCCUUUGAGUUUAACUCCACUGGAUCAGUUCUAAUUGACGACUAGGGAGUUGUAACAAAGUUAAAGCAAUGCUAUAGGCAUCAAAAGAACUUUAGCUUCAUGUAGUGGUUUUGGUGUACAGACAAUGUCCAUACAGUGUCGCUAUUCUGCCAUUUAGGAGUUUAAUGACUUUGUUUAUGCAGCCAUAGUACACCUUCCUGCUUGUGACUUUAUUUCUUCUCCUAGGAAGAACAGGACGAGAAAAGGAUUAAAGUUGAAUCAAAUGAGAGUGACGGGUAAUGCAGCUUUAGUCUAGCAAUAUAGUUAUUUACUUCAAUAAUCCCUGAUGUGUGACUUAUUAUUUUUUGUAGGAGUCUGGUAAAUACAACUUCUAAUUCCUUAAAUAAUUUAGUUUUCACUAAAAUCAGCAGAAUUAAGGAGUAUUUAAAUUUUCUUGUAUUAAUAUGGACUGUUUGUCAAAUGUCUUUAAAGGGCUGCAGUUGUGGAAACGCCAAAAUCAAAACCAGUGCAACAGCCUAAGGUAGGGCUUUAGCAAUAACAUGUUAAGGGCCAUGUUUGCCGAAAAACCAAAUACUGUAAAAUGACUUGCAUCUUUCUCAUCCAGACUCCUCCACCAAAGUGCAUGGACUGCAGGCAGUACCUAGAUGAUCCAGAUCUCAAAUUCUUCCAAGGAGAUCCGGUUGAUGCUGUAAGUUCUUAGGUUUUGGGGCAUUUAUUAUAUGCCAUAGCGCGCUUAAGCUAGAGUAUCCUUUUUAUAUUCAUAUAAAUUUCAAUCUGAAUAACAAUUAAAUUAUAGUUUGAUUUUUUUUUAUUUUUUUUUUGGUUGUUUCCAAAACCUAUAUGUAUUUUAUUCCCCUCCCCAGUUCGUUAAGCUUUCGUGGUUGGCCUCCCUUUUUUUUUUUUUCAUAAUUUUUGGAUUCCUUAAGAACAGGCUGGGAAUUUUUUUAAUUCUUUGUAUGCUUCACAAAUUUUUUCUAAUUAUCUAGGUAGAUGAGCCUGAAAUGCUGACAGAUGAACGCUUAUCUCUCUUUGAUGCCAAUGAAGAUGGUUUUGAAAGUUAUGAUGACCUCCCCCAGCACAGAGUCACAAACUUUAGGUUCGUGAAAUGUUUGGUAUAUUUUGUGGCCUAAGAUCAGAACUGUUACAGAUAAAGGAGUUACACUGUCGGGUGCUUACUGAGAAGCCAGAGGAAUUUCAGGAAAUACAGGAACUUCAAAGGUUUUUAGUUGGCUUUCACCUUUCAUGCAUUGACUAUCCAGAUCAUUAAAAUGCCUUCCAACCAUAAAGAUGGUUAGAAUGGGAAUUGUAUAUAGUUACUUUACUGUUGGUGUGGGCACUAGUAAUAGCACUGGCAUGUCUUAACUGUCAGAUGUGGUCCAGUUACUCCAGAUCUGUCAGAAAUCAGUUUUAUUGAAACAAUCUUGACAGUCCUCUGCGUAGGGUGAAAUUGUUUCAGUAAAGCUGCUUUGACAGAUCUGGAGUGUCUGGACCAUGUUUGGUUUUUCGAUUAAUACUGAAGAUAUUAUGGGAGUUUGGUAUCCUUUCCUGUGAAAUUUAACUGUCAGACAAGACACAUUCAAAACUGGCUUCCAUGCCAUUCUGAUCAACUCUUGGUCUCCCUUGGUAUUCAUGCAUCCUAAAAGCCGUAAUCAUUCUGAGCGAUAGGUUUCCCCACACACAAACUGUACAAUCAUCCUAAGCCACAAACCACUUUAAUAUUGAUGUACCCUGCAUCUCAAUCACGUGGUGGUUAAAGGGAAUCCUAUUAGUAAUGGUUUCUAUUUUAAAUUACUCUACUUAAUUUUUUUUAAUGUCUUUUGUUUUUUAUAUUUCAGUAUUUAUGAUAAAAGGGGGCACUUGUGCCCUUUUGACUCUGGUCUUAUUGAGAAGAACAUUGAGCUGUAUUUUAGUGGUGUUGUAAAACCAAUUUAUGAUGACAACCCUUCUCUGGAUGGUAAGUGUCUUCACUCACCCUUUCCUCUCUGAAAUAUUAUCUACCUUUUUUUGUAAAACUGUCCAAAGCGCACAAGGGUUUACGUGGGUGAAAAGUCAGAAUAAACUUCAGCUAAGGUAUUCACCUGGUAACUAGUUACAUGGUACCAAUAUUAUCACAGGUUAUGAACUAUUAACACUUGUAUUUAAAAGUUGACUUUCUUAAUUGUGCUACAGAGUUGUUUCAUUGACAGGUGGCGUACGGGCAAAGAAACUAGGUCCUAUUAAUGCUUGGUGGAUCACAGGCUUUGAUGGAGGUGAAAGGGCCUUGAUUGGAUUCACAACGGGUAUGUGUAGCUUGUUUUUUUAAUUUUUUUUUUAAAUUUAUUUUUUUGGGACCCUCUCCCACCGAAAACCAAAAAGCAUAUAAAAACUGCAGAUAUAAUCUAAAAUCUCGUGAUUUUGAGUUUGGUAUAAUUGCUUUAAGACCAUUCACCAUGUUUUGGUUUGAAAGUGUUCAUUCUCAAAUGCAUUCUUUCAAAAGAUGUUUUAGGAAGGAUUUUUGUGGCGAGGGGCGCGCCAGGGUGUGCUAGUUGACAAACAUUCUUGUAUGCGUUGCUAUGACCUGUAGAACCAAUGUUAUUCUCUUCAAACUUGCAGGUUUUGCAGACUACAUACUAAUGGAUCCAAGUGAGGAAUAUGAGACUAUAUUUGCUCUAAUGCAGGAGAAGAUCUACAUGAGCAAGAUAGUGGUGGAGUUCCUGCAGAAUAAUCCUGAUGUGACUUAUGAAGACUUGCUCAACAAAAUCGAAGUAAGUCCUCUCGCCAUAGGAAAAGCUCUAUUUUCCUGAGAGCAAGGCCAUUGAUUACCCAUUCAGUCCACUGUUUAUCCUAUAGUAACAGUCUGUUUUUACUAAACUCUGAGCCAGACGUGUAUAUAAAAUAUCUGCUGUGCUUUGGAUUUCAGUUUGAGCAGUUCAAGUCACUUUGACUGAUUAGAACACUUAUAGGUAAACUACUUAUCCCAAAGACACUGGAUUAUGGGAUAACCUCCUGCCCCAUAAACCGGAAUGACACUACUGAAUAGAAAUCACUUUUGGAAGAUAUUCUUAUCAAAAUGUCAUUUAUUUCUGUUGCAGACAACUGUACCGCCUUCUGGAUUGAACUUUAACCGCUUUACAGAAGAUUCUCUGCUGAGACAUGCUCAAUUUGUGGUAGAUCAAGUGGAGAGCUAUGAUGAAGCUGGAGACAGUGAUGAGCAACCAGUUAUAGUAACACCUUGCAUGAGAGACUUAAUAAAGUUGGCUGGUGUCACCCUUGGGAAAAGGUGGGUGACUUAGUGUUGCUUGGGUCACAACAUUAAAUCUUCUGUAAAUAUUAUGGUAACUGGGCCAAUUUUAUAUUGAUAUAUUUUAUUUAAAGAUGGCUGAUAUUUAAACUCCUUACAUCUUAUCUAUCGCCUUUCUCCCCCCCAGACGUGCUGCAAGAAGGCAAACUAUUAGACAUCCCACAAAGAUUGCAAAAGACAAAGGCCCUACAAAAGCCACUACAACAAAGUUGGUGUAUCAGAUUUUUGACACUUUCUUCUCUGAACAAAUUGAAAAGGAUGAAGAUCAAGAAAACACAAAACGUAGGCGUUGUGGUGUUUGUGAGGUAUGUUCUGUAUAUAAUCUUGUGGGUUAAGGUUCAUGAGACCUAGUUAAAUGGAUGUUUGAAUCCGUUAAACUAAUUCACUUUAAUGAAGUGGCUUUGGUUUAUAGACAUGCCCAUUCCAAAUUCAGAGAAACUGCAAUGUUUUUUUGCAAGUGUGUGGUAAGUUAUUUGUCUUGUGUGGUAUCUUUAUUCAGAGACAAAUUGUAAUUUUAUUUUUUAUUUUUUAAAUGGGCUAGACAGUGUUUUUAUUAUACUUGUAGAAAUAACACAAACGUUCAAAGAUCAAAUCACCUCACUUAAAACUCUGACAAUUGGUAAUUAAUAAAAUUAUACUGUCAAUCCUAAUUUCCUUUUUUUUGUAACAAAUUGUCUGCAAGCUCUUCUGGUCAAGUGAACAGUCUGACAACCUUUACAUGUGUAAUUUCCCAGUGUUUCUAUUUAUUGCCUGUAACCUCUGUAACUGCCAGUUUGUGUUCUGGGGGGACUGCCUUAGUUGCCAGGCAAGUCCCUGCACCAAAUCAGCAUAAGUGUGUGGACGUGGGACACAAGCCUACUCUGUGCCUGUAGCAUGAAACAUUCAAAUAUCCUCAAAUUGUUAACUGGACACAAUGUUAAGUUAUUGGAGUUACUUCUACAAUAUCCAGAUGGGGUUACUUUUUUCUUUUUUUCUCGCAGGUAUGUCAGCAACCUGAAUGUGGAACAUGUAGAGCUUGUAAGGACAUGGUGAAGUUUGGUGGAAGUGGGCGUAGUAAGCAAGCCUGUCUACAAAGGAGGUAAAAUAAAUUGAUACACUGGGGAGGGUUAUACUUAAUGCUCUCCUAGUUGUUUCUCACUUCUCUCAUGUCAUUCAGGUGUCCAAAUCUUGCUGUGAAGGAGGCUGAUGAAGAUGAAGAGGUAGAUGACAAUAUUCCAGAAAUGCCAUCUCCUAAGAAAAUCCUCCAGGGUAAAAAAAAGAAGCAAGAGAAAAAAAACAGGAUAUCCUGGAUUGGUGACCCUGUCAAGGUAAAUGUUUGUGUUUUAAUAGUUUUGGCCUGCCUUUACAGAUUUAGUGAGACUUUCUGAAGAUGUGCAUGAAGCUAACAAUGGUAUGUUGACUUCAAUCAAAUCUGUAAAGGAUGUUUACUUUGCUUAUAACCAAUCUGUCAUAGGUUGAUGGAAAGAGGGAAUAUUACCAGAAAGUGUCAAUGGACUCUGAAGUUCUGGAAGUUGGUGAUUGUGUGUCUGUGAGCCCUGAUAAUCCAACAGAACCACUCUACUUGGCUAGGUUUGUAGAUUUAAAAAUCAUACUGGCAGUCUUUACUACUUUGACUGGGAUAGAUGUACCUAUUUGGGAACACCAGCACUUGAUGGGCAUGUUUUACAAUACAAUGGGUUUUUAUUUAGGGAAAUGCUAAUUUUAUUUUUUCAAUAUGUAGUUUGUAAUUGUGUGGCUUUUUUCACCUUUUAAAAGGAUCACGUCCAUGUGGGAAGAUGCUGGAGGGCUCAUGUUUCACGCACAUUGGUUCUGUCUUGGAACAGACACUGCCCUUGGGGCAACAUCCGAUCCUUUAGAACUUUUCUUGGUUGAUGAGUGUGAGGACAUGCAGUUGUCCUACAUUCAUGGCAAAGUCAAUGUGAUCUACAAGGCACCAUCUGAUGAUUGGUUUAUGGAGGUGAGUUUAGAAAGGUUGUUGGUAGUCUUUUAUAGUUACCGAUAUUCAUGGACUAAUCUGAAACCAUGAAUUCAGAAUUUCUCACUGUGGUAAAUGUGGUGUUCGUCCUUAGAUUGUCACACUAUCAUCACUAUAUGUAAACUUUUUUUUCUUGUGCAACUUUUUUGGUUGCAUGUCCUCGCAUUUGUGUGCAGAUCUUAAUUGUCUUAAGGAGCAACUACAUGAUGUGCAAUUGUCUCACUUUAGUUUCCAAAACGGUAUACUGUCAUAUAAUUGAAUAUUAAUAGCAGAAUUAUAUACACCAACUACUCAAAUGCCCGAUUAGAAUGUCGUUUUUUUUUUUUUUGUUUUUUUUAGUAAGCCUUUGGGCACCAAUAGUAAGGAACAAUAUAUUGGAUAUACCAGUUUGUCUAUCUUUGGCUAAGGAUCUUUUGUUUUGGGGGGGGGAUUUCUUCCUCAUUCCCUCUCCUUGUCUCUAUAAAGGAGGUAAAACAAACUGCUAUAAAGAUAUUUAAGGGUUACUCAAAGCACCAUGACAACUUGUCAUCUAGUUUUUGAAAUGUUCAUGAUGCAAGGAUACAGAUUUUCUGGCUUUUUCUCAUGGAAUGCUGCACAUACAACUUCAGCAGCUAGCCCAAAUAUCUUUAACUCCACUUCUGGCAGCAUCAUUGGCCAGCCCAGAACAAGAGUUCCAGGCUAGCUAAGGUCUACUCUGUGUAUUCCUUGCACAUAUUAUCUUUCACUGGCAGCGUAGCUGAUGCUCUCGGCCACUGAAUAACCAGCAGGAUUAUCAUCCAGUUUCUGCAUAAGCCAGAUGUGACAAUGCUGGCAUUGAAGGAAAAGGCAAACCAUUACAAAUCUUUUGCUCCCUUACCUGGAACUGCUUCAUAACCACUACAGCCAGCUUGGUGAUCUUUUAAAUUUCAUCUUUACACGGUAAUCCUUCAUAGAUUAUUGCUCCCAUUUAUCCACAGGGAGGAGUGGAUACUGACAUAAAGGUAGUGGAUGAAGAUGGCAGAACAUAUUUUUACCAGCUGUGGUAUGACCCUGAAUAUGCUCGUUUUGAGACGCCACCAAAGAUACAGCCAACUGAAGACAAUAAAUAUAAGUGAGUGGUGUUGUUUAGAAAUAUUGCUGUCUGCUACUGGAAGAUCUGUUUAAUGUAGUUGCUGAACCUGUGAAUUAAGUCAACUGUUAUUGAAACAUAGGGGAAAGGCUAUGCAUAAGCAAACUCACCACCCUUCUCUCAUGUGCAACAUUUCCUUGUGGUUUACAAACUGUACUUGUUCAGGAAUGGGAAGUGUUCAAGUUUGCUUGUCAAAAGUGAAUGUGUCAAAUUUACAUCCCCAAAACACUUUUGGAAUUUAAAGGAGUGCUUAGCAGCUUUGCAGCUUUAUGCCGGCAACAUUUUCUUUAAAUGAACACUAUGAGCACCUUAACUGGCUUACCAAUAGUUUGACCCCAAAGUUGUGUAGAUGGCACCUGUCCACUGAUCCAGCCAAGUCCCCAGUUUUAAUGUGAAGGCUUAGGUGCAGUUGUCGGCUGAAAGCAUCCACUAAAGCUUGGUCCAUUGCUAGUUUUCCAUGGAGGAAAAUUUUAAAAAUGAGGUUAAGCCUUAAGGUAGGACUAUACCUAUGACCUCGGGCUCCAUAACUUCAUUGAGAUUAAGUUUUUGCCCAUUGUUCCUUAUGUUAAUGGCAGGGCUUAAUUUUCAGCUAUUGUGCUACUAGCCAGGCCUUAAAAGUUACUUUUCACUACCUCCUUUGGAGGGUUUGUAGCACAUUAACUAAAGAUUAAUUUCUACUUGUCCGGGUUACAUUUUUACACUCAAACGGUAGAAGAAAUCUUGAGCACUGCUAAUGGAAUCCAAAAUUGCAGCAAGACUUAAUACUUAUUUGUCUCUAAUUAGAAAGUAAUCUUCAUCAACUAUUUUCUCUAGGUUCUGUACCAGCUGUGCCAGACUGGAUGAAAUAAGGCAAAGGGAGAUACCACGUGUGUCUGAUCCUGUGGAAGACCUUCAGGAUAAAGUACUCUACAGCACGGCAUCAAAAAAUGGUGUUCAGUACAAAGUUGGGAAUGGUGUGUUACUGCUGCCUGAUGCCUUUUCUUUUAGGUAUGAUGUUGAUCCAUUGCUUAUGAACAUCUUUUGUAUCAUGUAACAACUCAAACUCAGCUCACAAACUUUGUGCGGAGUCACUUACUCUAAAGCACACUUGAAACAUGUUGCCUUUUUGUCAGCUUUUGGUCAAAAUAAUUCUUUAUUGGGUUUGGAAUGAUCCUUUUCUAUUCUAAUUUGUUUAAAUUGUCUUUCAGUGUUAAGCUGGCUUCUCCUUUUAAGAGGCCUAACAAAAAAGAGGAUGUGGAUGAAGAUCUCUACCCAGAAAACUAUCGCAAAUCCUCAGACUAUAUUAAGGGUAGCAAUCUUGAUGCUCCAGAGCCUUACAGAAUGGGCAGAAUCAAGGAGAUCUUCUGCCACAAGCGCAGCACUGGAAAACCCAAUGAAGCUGACAUAAAACUGAGGAUUUACAAGUUCUACAGGUAUGAUUGGCCUUGGGUUUCCUUAACUUAAUAUGAACAUUGGUGUUGGUCCAAGUUUUAAUGUGCAACUGUGCAAAUGGCUUCCCCUAUGGAUUUCCCCCCCUGGUUCUUGGCAAGCUUUGAUUGGGUUGCAACUGCCACAGUUCCAUAGUAGUCUCUAGGAUGGAAGAUACAGUGCACUGGUGUAGAUGGAAGAAGGGAAAGGGGCGGGGAGCGUGAUUAUGCUUAUCUUAGAUUGGAGUUAAACUUUUAAUCCAGUGCCGAUUGGAGCAGGCUCAGCCACGAGGGAUAUGGGGACUUGUUCCUCAAACGUAAUAUGCUACAAAGAAAUACAUUAACACAAGUAAAGAUUGAGGACAACCUUUAGGCAUUCAUCUCACUGGAAGCGUUACAAAAAUCUUCAAGGUUUCCUUUUAAUCACAUCAAAAAUGUAAAAAAUGCAAUGUCUAUAUUAAAGGGACUGUCUGAAAAAAUUACCACUACUUUAAAAAGUACUUCAUAGGUAAUGCUAGGAUAGUGCCAUUGGUGGUUUCCUUUUUUUUUCAAGGGCAACACACAGUGGUCUUCUAGUAUACUCCUACUACAGGGUGGCAAGCUUAUGUGCGCUUAAAGUAGCUUCUGCUAUGCACAUAAAUUUCUAUAUUCUUUGACAAAACUUUUUAUUUCACAGGCCUGAGAAUACACAUAAGGCUUCCAAGGCUAGUUACCAUGCAGACAUUAACUUGGUCUACUGGAGUGAUGAGGAAACUGUAGUUUCCUUAAAGGAUGUUCAAGGGCGCUGUACUGUAGAAUAUGGUGAAGAUCUAACGGAGUCAAUCCAAGAAUAUUCAGCAGGAGGUGCAGACAGAUUCUACUUUCUGGAGGUAGGCUUCCAAAAACCUUAUCUUCUGCUCCCUCCCCCCUUUUAAAGUGGUGAUUAAAAUCUCACUUCUAAUGAGAACCUUUGUGUGUCCCUCCUUUUUUUAAGGCCUAUAAUGCAAAGACUAAGAGUUUUGAGGAUCCUCCUAACCAUGCACGCAGUGCUGUAAACAAAGGGAAAGGAAAAGGAAAAGGCAAGGGGAAAGGUACAGACUAUACUAGUCUCCUCACAACUGUUACAUGAUCUUGUUCUCUUUAAUAUGACCUAUACCAUUUCAACUUGCAGGCAAGGGGAAAGUGCUGUCUGUGAAGUCUGAAAGUGAACAAGCUGCAGAAGACACGAUGCCAAAAUUGCGUACACUGGAUGUGUUCUCCGGCUGUGGAGGUUUGUCUGAAGGCUUCCAUCAAGCAGGUAUGGAUUUAUACCUUUCCUGUCCUAAUAAACUGCCAUCCAUAUUCAAUUGGUUAUUACACUAGAAACUUGACCUCCCUUCCUCCCCUUCAUAUUGCAUCUCCUACAGUGAACACUUACCAAGUAGUCCCUCACUGCAGACCUAGACUGAACUUUAAAAACACUCAAGGGACAGUCAUUUAAAGUGCAUAUGUCUUUACGCUGCCUGGUAUGCCUAAAUUAAAACCCAUUAUAAAAUGAGCUUAAUCUGCUCUAUUAAAGGUGGGCCUCAGAAAUAAUUACAGCUUUUGUAGCAGGCAUUUACUGCCAGUGUAAGCAUUGAAUGGUAGUAAAGCAAGCUGAUCAUAGUUGUACAAUGCACCUUCAAUAUUCCCUGAAAUACAGAAAUAUUGUGCCAGCUCAAAAUACCUUCCCAAACUUUAUUUGAAAAACCUAAAUGGAAGUGUUUGGUUUUUUCAUAUCUCCAGGUGUGGCAGAGUCAAAGUGGGCCAUUGAAAUGUGGGACCCUGCGGCCCAGGCCUUUAGGCUAAACAAUCCAGGUGCCACAGUGUUUACAGAAGACUGUAAUGUCUUACUAAAGCUGGUCAUGGCUGGGGAGAAAACAAAUUCCUUAGGACAGCGGCUACCCCAGAAAGGAGAUGUAGAAAUGUUAUGCGGUGGUCCACCAUGCCAAGGGUUUAGUGGAAUGAACAGAUUCAACUCCAGGACCUACUCUAAAUUCAAGAACUCAUUGGUAGUCUCUUAUCUCAGGUAUGUUGGUGUUUGUACAGAACAGUGAUAACCAAAAAUGUAUGUACAUGCUGCUUUAAGGGAACACUCUAAGCUCUAUACCCCUCCCCAUUGUAAAGAGGCAGACCAAUGCCAUCCCUCACCACCGCCACUUGUUGAAGAUCCAGAAGCUGAUUUAAGUCCUGCAGUGUGGGGCUUAGUUCAAUGGCCAAGAAUGUCAGCUGAUUGCUUUUAACCAGUGCAGGACUUGGCUCAAGAGAACUAAAGGAAGUCCAGCUCGUUCUUUUUAGUAGAGGAUGGGAGCUACAUCUAGUGAACCUCAUUUAAUUAAAUCAUACUAAAUUUCUUGAGGGAGCACGUGCUGCUUGAAAUCCUUUAAAUAAAUCUACCAGAUGUAAAUAACACUCUUGUGAGAUUUACACACACUUUACCUGACAACUUCUUUCUUGCAGCUAUUGUGACUACUACCGACCAAGAUUCUUCCUAUUGGAAAAUGUAAGAAAUUUUGUCUCCUUCAAAAGUUCCAUGGUUCUCAAGCUUACACUCCGCUGUCUUGUACGAAUGGGAUACCAAUGUACAUUUGGGGUACUUCAGGUGAGACUAUUGCUGUGUGUUGCUCAUAAUAAAAUCCUGAAAGAUUAUCUCCCAGAUAGCUUGAGGUGUUUUGUUUUUCCAGACUAGCUAAUUUGUUUUAGGUGGAGUCCUUGUUUGGAUGAACAGACUGUAGUCCUUGACUGCUUUUUAACAGUAUAUCCCAUUCUGAUAGAAAAUUGGUCAAAUAAGCCUUAAUUACAGAUGGAAUGCUGAUUCAGCUUGGUCUAGACACUUUUUUUAUUAGAGUUUAAAUAGCCUGAUGGGACACCACAAUGCUUUGUUUUGCAGGCUGGACAGUAUGGUGUGGCACAAACUCGUAGAAGAGCAAUUGUACUUGCUGCUGCACCAGGAGAGAAACUGCCAAUGUUCCCCGAACCUCUGCAUGUAUUUGCUCCACGUGCCUGCCAGCUAAGUGUUGUCAUUGAUGAAAAGAAAUAUGUCAGUAAUAUCACAAGGUAUCUGUCCCAGGUGUUUUGGCACACAAAUGUUUGGAUUAUCUAAAUCUCCUCUUUGCCUAAAACACCUUAUUUGGGUGUGUGUUUGAUUGGUGUUGCGUAGACCUAUCUAACAACUUAGAAUUUUUUUAACUUUAUCUCAGAACAAACGCCAGCCUCUUCCGAACCAUUACAGUCCGGGAUACCAUGUCAGACCUUCCAGAGAUCCGUAAUGGUGCAUCUGCUCUGGAAAUAUCCUACAAUGGGGAACCGCAGUCUUGGUUUCAGCGGCAGAUUCGGGGCUCCCAGUACCAACCAAUUCUCAGAGAUCAUAUCUGCAAGGUGCAUUAUCAUCUGCUAAAGUGUUUUUGAUUUGCAGAGCUACUUAUAGAUGACAGUAAUAUUUUCAGGUUUUUGAAGUUACUUAAGCUGCAAAUGUUUUAAUGCUAGUUUAAAGCUGCAGACUUUACAGUAUUUCAAAGAUUCCUCCAUUAUGCAUCACCAUAAUCUCUAUGAAUGUAAAAUCGAAUAAGUCUUAAUUAUGCUAAACUUGUAUUGGUUACUGGUCUAUUGGUGUCUCUUAUGUCUUAUAUCUGGACACCUGCAACAGAAAUAUUGAAUGCCUUUUCUAAGUUGUGUUAAAACCUAGAUUGUGCGGGAUGGUUAUACAACUUUUAUAAUAUUUGCUUUACACAUCAUAUAUAGAAUAUUUGCUUUACACUUUUUUUUUUUUUUUUUUUCCAGGACAUGAGCGCCCUAGUUGCUGCUAGAAUGAGGCACAUCCCCCUUGCCCCUGGCUCAGACUGGAGAGACCUUCCAAACAUAGAAGUACGCCUUACUGAUGGCACCACUACACGGAAACUGCGCUACCAUCACAAGGAUAAGAAGAAUGGGCGCAGCAGUAGUGGGGCAUUAAGGGGUGUUUGUUCCUGUGCUGAAGGUAAUUUUUUUAUUUUUUUAUUUUUAUCAUAUAGGACUAGUAUCGGAGGCCUAACUUGUUUGGGGGGGGGAGUGUAGGAGCAGUGCUGUUUAAUGCAUUGGUACUUAAAGCAAACUGGUCUCCUUGCUCUCUUCUUGAUCGUCCAGACCUAUUAACGUACAGCUAUUGCAGAGGCGACAUUAACCAUAUUCACAUGUUAGAAGUCUCAUGUUUGACAAUUGAAAUCCUGUUUUAAAAUGCAUCCUUGAUUCUAGAGAUGUGAUAACUUAACCAAAUAACACUCCUAACUUUAAAGCAAAUAUGCGGUCUUUAAUCUGUUUAUUUUCAGGUAAACCAUGUGACCCUGCUGAUCGACAGUUUAACACACUCAUUCCUUGGUGUCUGCCACACACUGGGAAUAGGCAUAACCACUGGGCUGGAUUAUAUGGCAGAUUGGAGUGGGACGGCUUCUUUAGUACCACAGUUACAAAUCCUGAGCCAAUGGGCAAACAGGUAAUCCAAUAAAAUCUUGUAGGACUUAAUUAUAAACUUGAAUAUUGCUUCAAUGUUAAUCUGGCUAGUAAAGCUGUUCAGUCUUGUAUGUGAAAUGUGGUGUCAGUCUGUAUAGCUCUGAACUACUAUAGCCGCCCAAUCUUAAACUUUUUCUUUCUUCUCAGGGCCGUGUUCUUCACCCAGAACAGCAUCGUGUGGUCAGUGUCAGGGAAUGUGCACGAUCUCAAGGUUUUCCUGACACUUACAGACUAUUUGGUAACAUCUUGGACAAACACAGGCAGGUGGGUAACUGUUCUGUUCAGGUUCUAAAAAUACAAUGUUCUUUAUACAACCAUAUAACUACCUUCUGUAUUUAUUUCAGGUUGGAAAUGCAGUGCCACCUCCUUUAGCAAAAGCAAUUGGCUUGGAGAUAAAAGCAUGCCUUACAACAAGACUGAAGGAAGAAGGAACAGGUUGGUCUGAAAAUAUAUUUUCUGGGCCUCAAGUGGUGCAAGAUGUAAACCUUACUAGUACUAGAUGUAGUACACAAACUACAUCCUGAAAAAUGAAACCUGGCCCUUAUAUCCAAUGAAAUGCAUUCCCAACUUUUUAGUAACCAUUUUAAUUUAGAAGUGCCUGCUAUUAUGUUGCAAUGGAGUAACUGGUAGGCUCAACCUUAGCUGUCCAAAAAUUUUAUUUUUCCUCUUGCAAAGUAGUUCAAUCUGUAUAAUGUACAUAUAAGUACAAGGGGCUGACUCAAAGAUUAUCAAUUUACAAUCUUCUCUUCUUACAGACAUUGUGAAGCAUGAAAAGAUGGAAAUGAAUUAAUGCACUUGCCCAGGAGGACUACCUCCAAGAUCUUGCUCCAUCCGUAUAUGUAUUUUAUUUUAACUACAAAUAUCAAAUCUUCAGCAUCUGAUUGAUUUGACAUUCCAGCUAUCAAUUUUACCUUCUGAAAAUACUUUUGAACUGAAAACAUCAAAUCUCUUUUAAAUGACUGAUUUUACUAUACAUUGUGCUGCAGUUUUCCCUAUUUGUACUUGUUGCAGUUACGUAGUUUUUAUAUGUUGUAAUAUUUCAAAUAAAUAGUACCUCUUAUAGUGCUUACUUUAAUUUGUGCUAUUGCUGAAUGUACAGCAUGGUGCUACUUGCCACAAAUGGUAACAUGCUGUAGAACAACACCUUGAUAGCUUUACAGGACAGUUGGCAAUAUGUUGUAGGGAAAGGAAUGCGCUUUACUUUAGAAGUGACAAUUAUUAAAAAAAUAUCUUAAGCUUAUAGCUGCACAGAUCCAUCCACCUUAAUGGGCUUGUUCUAGCAGCUGGAGAGUUCGGAGAGUUGUCCCUUGCCUCAUGCAGAGUUGGCAGAAUGAUGGUUAUAAUUUAAAUUUGUUUCUGAUAUUUAGGAACCUGUGAUUUUGAAAGUGCCACAAACACUGAACAUAUGUGGCAAACCGGGAGCUUUCAAAUUUAUUGGUGAUGCCUUGCUUCAAUCUUGUGACCUGUACAUUAAAGUUAAUGCAAAGCACUUGCAUUGCCACUGUCUGAUCUAAGACCUUGCCUUUCAAAUAUCAGGCAGUGGAAAUCUUUAAAAAAAUAAAAAAUUUCUUUGCUAAAUAAAACAUACUCUGCUACAAAUUUGCCAUGAAGUUCAUGCUAAGUGUAAAAUGCUGACUAUGCCUCAAACGCCAACCUUACAUGGGUUGCUGGGCUUUACCCGUUUGAACUUUUUACAUAAAAUGACUACCUAUAUAACUGUCAGAAUGCUAAAACAAAGGUGUGGGGUUUUUGGUUGUAUUCAGGAUUCUCAAAUGUAUUUAAAAUGGACUCAGGGAUGAGUCUACUAAACCUCCCUCUGAAAUCACAUUGACACAUUUUGCAAUUUUACUUUUAAUGCUACGGUGUUCUUGAAUCCUAGUGUCCUUCUCAUAUGCUGGGUAUCUGGGAUGGAGACCCUCAAACUGUGCAGGGUAAAUAGUACUUACAACAGCAGUUGGAUAAUAAUGGCUACCCCACAAGGCAAGAGUCAACCAGGAGAUUUUGUACCCUUCUUCCCCCUACCCAUGCACAAGCAAUGCCUGUUAAUUUGAAGGUUACAAUAUGUCAAAUUUUGUCCUUGACCUGGAUAUCUCACUCUAGAGGAGUUCACUACAGCGUCACUGACUUCUUAGAUCAAGAUCCUGACUAUCCUGUCUCUUUGAUAUACCAAGUAAAUAUGCGGUCUGCACUCAAACGGGUGCAAGUAAUAUUGGGUGUGCCCUCAGUCCUGGCACUUCUGUCUGCGACAAAAGCACUGGCCAAGUAACCUAGUUGCAUCUCAGAGUAGCACUUGGUGGCAAAGUGACCGUUAAACUCCAUGCACCACCAGGGAAAUAUAAUCUAGCUAUCUCUAAUGGAAGCCUUGGUGGGCAAAAUGUUUUAACUUUAACACACCACCCCAUAAAUAAAUCAUACAUGCAGUGUUCCUGAAGAACAGACGAAGUUGAGACUAAGAGUGGCAGAAGAAACUAGAAAAGCAAGACAGGAGGAGAGAGGAGCAAACUUUUCUUGAAGUGGUUAAAAAAAAAAACCUAGCGGCCUGGUAGGUGGAGGUGCAAAAGUCCUUUAUUGUAACAACUGUCCAAAAGCAAACUGGAAGUCUGUUUACAAAUUUGAGGAUGAAAAGAUUAACUUCCUUGCAUAUUUGGUUAUACAAUUGUGGACACUAACUUGUGUAUACUAUGGCCCAUUGAAAUUGAACACCCAGUGGUUCGUUCAAGGCUACUACAAUGGGCCUUGACCAGAGUGUUGGAAACUAUUACAAGGAAAAAAUUGAAUAGCAAACUUUGCAAAUACAGCAGACCACAUCGGCCGUGCAAUCACUACUAGUUUUGAGCAUCCACUGCUAAAAAUCUUGGCAUCUAAUUGUCUCCCCUAUCUACUUUGUUUCCUACCAAGUGGUGAAACUGCAUGUCCCAAAUGUUUCCCAAAGGGAAUGUCAGCAUUUGGGCAUAGUGAUGGUAUGAAUUCUUUGCAGAGAUUGUUGUGGCUGCCUAGAAUCUCACUGUGACUAUAUCCCCCAAGUGCAGAUCUCACAUAUUACUUUUCCAUCCAAACAUUAGCUGAGACUUUGUGAAGGAUAGAAGUGGAAUUGUUUUAUUGGGACAAUUCCCACACCUGUAUACCUGAGUCCUCAAGCAGAGAACAAUGCCAAUGUGACAUUCUCAGUGCCUUGAUGUCUGUACUUUGAACAACUAUUUAAUUAGCAGCCAGACACCUCUGCACUGGUUAACAUGAACACAUAACAGGGUUCCUCUGCUCACAUCCCCAAACUAAUGCCCGCUAUGUCCAAAAAGUACUCUGAUAUUGAGUUAGCUGGAGGUGAAGUUUUUCGCAGGGCCCUAACGGUCCUCUGAUCCGGUGCAGUGUUCCAUAGCGCUGGAUACAAAUUCUGCUCUCCUAAAACAAUGGUGCUUUUUGUUGGUACAUGAAGCUUGUGGAGGUCUACAAGUUUCUCCUUUACCUUUGUGAUUACCCCUUUCUGCGUAUAGAACAGUGAUUAUAGCUCAGUGUUCUAGCUUGUAUAGCUGUCUCACCCAAACACUAUUCAAGACAUAGUGAAGGGUGAAGAAUGUUUUUUUUUUUUUUAUUGGGACAAUGCUCACACUUAUAUACCUGGGGCCUCAACAGGAGGUUCCUAGGAAAACGAUGGAAUUGCAACAUUCCCGGCUGUGACAGAAGCUCCCAUGUCAGGGCUUUUUGGAGAGGCUUGAAGGCCAGCCUCUUACCCGCAGACUAUGGAGCUGAUACAAGAAGUCACUAAAAGAGGUGCGUGACCGCAGCAAGCCAUGUACAAACUAUUCAUUGUUACUGGAGAACUCUGACUAGAGUGAACAUUUGUAUAAGGCUUUUAUGCAAAUGAGGGCAAGGCAAUAAGAAGUUAAAUGUCCAUAUUGCUUUUUGUGUUUGGAAAUUUUAUUUGUAUUAUAUGGUGCAUGUAUUAAUUUUAAUUGUUCAUUUGCUAAUGUUCUAUGUAUUUGUGUUUUCAAUGUUUGUCACCACAUGCUUAAGGACUGGUCUCCAAAGGCUAGUCCUUGUCCAAAAUAAAGUUUUGUAUGUUAAUUCCUUUUGGACCUGAGUGUCCUGUGUGGAUUUUUAGAUAUCCC